AUGUUGGUAUUAGAUUACCUAGCAACACAAUUAGGUUUAGCAUGGAAUAAAAACAAAGAUUGGCCUGCUUACGUUACUGGAACGACUAUAUAUGCUGAUCCUCCUAAAGUUAAGAACAAAAAGACAAAUAUACACAGUGAUAAUCUGGAGAAAGAUAAGGUGAAUCAGGAAUUAUUGAAAAAUGAUGAUAGCGGAGUGGAGGAUAGUAAUAGUUUAAUAACCACGUCUGCCUCAACACGUUUGCCCUUAACUCCUUCACUUUUAUCAACCAAUUCUCGAAGAAUAAAGCCUGAUCCUACCCCAUUAGAGAUAACGCUAAUGAAACCUUUAUUAUUAAUGAAUAUUAGCGGGAAAUCUGUGUCUAAAGCAGUUAAAGAACUUGGGAUAUCCCCUUCAAAUGUCAUCAUAAUUCAUGAUGACAUGCAGCGUGAAAUUGGAAAGAUAAGCAUGAAGAGUGGUGGAAGCGCAAAGUAA